UCCAGUUUGAUAUUUGGUUGGGCUGGAAAUUGUUGACCAAGUUAAUAUUAUUAAAGUUAUUGGCCAAAGAAGGCUCCCCCUUCAUCCGCAUCCCUGAGCAUGAAGCACAAGGCCAAAGGCGGGCACGCGGGGGCGGGGACCACGGGCUCGACCAAAUCCGGCGGCGGCAAAGGCGGUGGUCAGACGGCCGCCGGACCCACCAAGGGCAAAGGCAAAGGGGCCGUAGCGGGCGGAGCCGGUCAGUCCACGGCCGGCGCUCAGAGUGGCGAAGGGUCAGCCUCGGCCUCGUUUGACUUGGCCGACACGCCCUUGAGCCUACCCGAGUUCACGCCCCCCUCGGCCACGGCUCACCAGGAAUGGGUCCCUCGCUAUCACGCCCUGCUGAAACGCGAUGAGAGUGGGGCCACGGUGGGGUCCCACGGUCCGCCCCUGGGCGUGGAGGAGGUGGAUACCCUCCAGUUAGAGUUGGAAGCCAUGCUGACCAACACGAGGGUGCGACGCAAUGCCAUCCAACGCGAGCUCCAGUUGGUGACGCACCUCGAAAAGUACAAAGGGGGCGGGUCCGGCGGGGCCGCCGACGAUCUCAUUCGGGGGCGCACAAACGCCAAAAAGAAGGGUGGGGGUCCGGCUUCUCCUGGGAAACGUGGUGCGACCUUAGGAUCAUUGGUGGGACGAGACGGUUCCAAGCGGUUCAAGGCCGCAGGAAAGCCCGUGGGCGACAAGUCUAACACGGUGCUAACAUUGCCCAAAAUCAAGAACGAGCAAUCCGUGCCCACUUUCGACCCGUUGCAAAAUGAACAGAUCCGUCCGUUGAAUGACACAACCAAACCGGCCCUGCCCAAGAAUGAGACGCCCAAUCGAUUCUGGUCCUUUGUCGAGCCUUAUUGCGCCCCCAUUACACCGGAGGAUAUCAAGUUGUUGGAAGACCUCAUCAAGACUCACCAAGACAUGUCUGAAUAUCACAAGAUCCCCCCCUUGGGUCAGCAUUACACGCAAUUGUGGGCCAAGGAAGACAUGGAAAACGAGCGGGUCAAGAGUUCUUCUCUAAAUGAAACCAACGGAGAGAGCCUGCUAUCCAAUGCCGACGACCUUCUAGUGCCGAAAAAUGAACCCGGAUCGGAAGAAGCGCCGUAUGGAGAGCUCACUCAACGACUUGUGGCCGGCUUGAUGGAGGAAAGCGUCAUGACCUCCACUGAUGACUCCAUGGAGGCGGCUAAGAAGGCCGGAUUAGAGAACCAGGACCACUUGGGCAAGGCCAAUCUGAUAAAAUCCCUUAAUGUCUCGAAUGCCGACUCGUUAGAAGCUCGAGUUCGGAAAGAACUGGAGGAUCAAGGUAUCCUGGAUCCAAAUGAGAACAAUUCCGUGUCAGCUUUCGAGGGCGACAACGAUGAGAUUCUGGAAGAACUCAAACGAUGCCAAACCGAGUUAAAGGCCGUGUCUUCGCACAAUUUGAACCAACUGAAGAGACUCCUCAAGUGUGCCAAAGAAGAGAUGAUCCGGCAAGAAUUGCGGAACAAGCUCCAAAAGGCCGACGAAGAAGUGAUGGAAGCGUACCAGAAGAUCUCCGUGGCCCGUUCUAAGAAGAAAUCUCCGAAUAAAAAAGAACGCGAACAAGCUUGGAAAGCGUUGAAAGAGCGUGAAAUCGUGCUCAAGGAGCUCGAAUCUGUUUAGCCAGAGUUGUUGGUUCCAUGUACAAAAUUGUCAAGUUCGUCCCAUUAUACAUGUUUUGACCUCUUCCCAAAGAAA